CUAGCAACAUUUACUCUUAUACAACCAACAAGUCAACAACUUAUAUUGUUCCGGCGAAAAAAUGCCCACUAAUCACAAAAUUCCGACUUGGUUUGCCGUUCCGACUGUGUUGGCUGUCUUGUCCGUAGUCUUGUAUCAGAUCUUAAUUGUUCCGGAAAAUUUAGAGGGCACCAAAAAUGUAUUGACAAUGGCUAAAACCAUUCCAAUUCCUGUUACUGGACCGGAGAGCAUUGAGUUUGACCAUAAAGGAGAAGGUCCUUAUGCUGCGGUCGUGGACGGCCGUAUUCUCAAGUGGCGCGGCGAUGAUCUCGGCUGGGUUGAUUUUGCCUACACAUCUCCUCACAGAGGGAAUUGUUCAAAACAUAAAGUAGUGCCUACUUGUGGAAGGCCAUUGGGACUUACUUUCGAGAAGAAAACGGGCGAUUUGUACAUCUGCGAUGGUUACUUGGGGCUCAUGAAGGUUGGACCAGAGGGAGGCUUGGCCGAGUUAGUUGUUGAUGAAGUCGAAGGUCGUAAAGUUAUGUUUGCUAACCAAGGAGAUAUAGACGAAGAGGAAGAUGUCUUCUACUUCAAUGAUAGUAGUGACAAGUAUCACUUCAGGGACGUAUUUUUCGUGGCUAUCAGUGGGGAGCGGUCGGGAAGAGUGAUCAGAUACGAUAAGAAGACGAAAGAGGCCAAAGUUGUCAUGGACAACCUCGUUUGUAACAACGGUUUGGCUCUAAACAAAGACCGGUCUUUUCUAAUAACAUGCGAGUCCGGCACGAGUCUUGUCCACCGAUACUGGAUCAAAGGUCCCAAAGCCGGGACUCGUGAUAUCUUUGCCAAGGUCCCGGGUUACCCUGACAACAUCCGGCUGACAUCGAGUGGAGACUUUUGGAUUGGUAUACACUGCAAGAAAAACCUGCUAGGGCGAUUGAUUUUGAGGUAUAAAUGGCUUGGGAAAUUGGUUGAAAAGACAGUAAAACUGGAGUACGUGAUUGCUUUUAUCAACGGAUUUAAACCGCAAGGAGUGGCCGUGAAAAUCUCCGGGGAGACGGGGGAGGUCCUUGAGGUACUUGAGGACAAAGAAGGAAAGACUAUGAAGUAUGUAAGCGAGGCGUACGAGAGAGAUGAUGGGAAGUUAUGGUUUGGGUCUGUUUACUGGCCAGCCGUUUGGGUUCUUGAUCGCAAAUGAGUGAUUAUAUUGUAUCUACUUAUGUGUUUUGAAUAGUAAUAAAUUUUUAUUUAUUUU